AUGUGGAGUGACAAGCAAAAACAGACAACUCUCAGAGCCGCAAAGGACGAGGAACUCCAAGUCCUGGGAUUUGGUAGGGAUGGAUUCUGUUAUAGCUUCAGUGCUCCCAUCAACACUUUGCCACAACUGGAAGACUCGGCAUGCCUAGAAUGAACAUUGAAAUUUUAUUUAUCGAAAUAUCUAAGAAAGGGAGAUGAAGAGAAGAAGCGGAACUUAUACUGCUCAUUUGUUGUAGCACUGGAGGCAGCCACUAGAGAUGGAGACCUAAUUAGGGGCAUUAAAUUACCCUCAGGGGAUGCAGUAGUAACAUUGCGGACGAAGAUGCGCUAA